CGAAUAGCGAGGAGGAGGAGAAGGAAGAGGGUGGCGGGGAUCCUGCCGGGAGUCGUUAGAGGCGGACUCUUCGGGUCACGUGAGUAGGAUCUCCUUUCAAGAGCAACUGUAACAAUGCUACCUGAUGCUGCAGAGUAUCACUUUCCUUGGGAAGUAAACGUGGUAUCAGUACCUGAAGGAAAGACCCUCAGAACAUUUGGCAGAUUACACUCCUAUGAUUUAGUCAGCUCUAAAGCCAUUUUAACAGCUCAACACAAUAAAGUUCAACACCUCAUCUGCAUCUGUACUAAGUUUGUGGAACCAUUCCAAGCCCAGCUUGGAUCUACGUAUAUUGUCCUGGGGGAAACCGAACUUGGAAAUGAUGAGAUGGUACUAAAGGCCCGGGUGUUAACAUGUGUGGAAGGGAUAAACCUUCCAUUGUUGGAGAAGGCCAUAGAGGAACAGAGAAAAUAUUUCCAGGAGAGAGAGAAGCAGCAGGAUGGAAGCAAUUCUUAGUUUUGUGCUUUAGAAGGGAUUCACUGCUGAUAGACUUCUUGUUAUAUUGAACGUAGCCAAUGCAUCUCUUGGCUUCACUCCUCUGUCUACCAUAUACUGUACUGUUUUGCAGUGCUCUCUUGAAUGCAACUUCAUGGUUUCAGUGCUCAGAGAAUGCAAAUGUGCUUUCUAUAUUCUGGGAUUGCUUCCCAUUGUAUUUUACAAUGUUUGUAAAUAACGACCAUGUUUAGAAUGCAUUUUGUAUUUAAAUAGCUAACAGCUUUUGCAGAUCUAUAUGUUAGAAGUUGACAUAUAUUGUGGUGUUACAGAAUUGUGGUAUAAACUCAUAUUUCUUUGGAAGUAGACACAUUUAUUACACUUCAUACACCAUAUUUUUAAAUUAUGGAAGCAGCUCUUAAUCUCUUAGUGGCCAGGCUUUUAAAUAUUCUAUAAUAAAAAUAAACGUUGACAGUGAACUCAAAAUUGAAAUGUUCUGUGAUCUCUCUUUUGUGACACAGCCCUAAAUCAGUCUAAUUGCUCUCCCUCAAACAUUCUCUGCUUAGGGAUGGGUAACUUUGUCCAGUCCUUUGCUACA